GUCCUUGAUUUUGAACUUCUAGUUUAAUGUUAAUUCGAGGUGUCUAUAUUUAUUCAAUAUCAUAACAAAAUAAUAAUUAUCAGUGAAUUCAAUGUCACCUAUUUAAUUGACACUUUUAUACUGUAACAUAUGUCAAUGACUAGAUCAAUACUUUUGAUUUCAUCGUGGGGAAAAUCAUUUUCAAAAAGCCAUACUGCUUGUCAUCAUUUUAAAACACAUAUUGCUAAAAUGUCAACAACUGUCACAAACAAGGAUGUGAUUCAUGAUUCGUCUAUUCGGGAAUUUUACAUACCGUUGAAAGAAGAGGGUUUUGAGGGGAAAGCCUACCUCCAGUACAGCUUCAUAAAGCCGGACUAUGUUGAUCUAGAACAUACUGUCGUACCAGAGCACUUCCAGGGUAGAGGAAUCGCUAAAGUACUAGCAAAGACUGUAUUCGACCACUUUGUCGACGAGCAAAAAUACAUUCGUCCAACCUGUACAUACCUCCAGAAGUUUUAUAAUGACAACCCCAUUCCCAGAUAUGCAGAGAAAGUGAAAUGGAACUAGUUUCUGUGAUGUCAUGAAAUGUUCAUAUUGACACUAGCAAACCAGUUAUGUCUCAGGCAUUUAGAAUGAUAUACAACAGUGAACUUGAACGUCAACAAGCUGAAAGAGGUCUUAAAAGUAUAGUAAACAGCACUAAGCCACUUGGUGAAAUUAGCGCAAGACUGCAAGCUGUGCACUGAUAAAUUGUUUUCCGUGUUUGCUCAAAUUCUUUUUUUAUAUCGCAGGGAUUGUCCAAAAACUAAAUGUCAAGCAAUGUAGAUGGAUUUUGGGCUUGUUCAUCCAAUUUUUUUUUUGAUUAAUUAAAGUGACACUCUUAUUCAAAAUCAAUGCAUACACAUGUAUCGCAAACAUCAAUUUUGACUAAUAAACCUUUUACUACUUACCAAAUAAUGCAUUAAUUGAUAAUAUUAUUUACUGAUAACAAGAUUGUGACCGUGUAUUUAAUAGCAGAAAGCGCAAAAAUAUUAAAUGAUUGGUGAAUGCUAAAACAUUUACUGCGGUCUACUAUAGUCUCAUAAGGUAAAAUUACCGUGUUUUAUGCUCAUUUCUUUCAAAUUAAACACGGUAUCCUUCAUAAGAACCAUAGUUUUCGACAUUUCUUCAUCUUUUUGGGAAUAUUAAAACAAUAUUAUUAAUUGUGGUAAAUCUUAUCUGGAAGUAAGAGAGCAUCUUUGAUUUAGUUAUAUUUUAGUUUACUAUAUUAAAGUAAAAGUAGAAUGGCAGCGCCCAUGUAGUAUAAUUAGCUUUUAAAGUCAAUGGUAAUUAUAAGCUAUUUAACUUUUUUUCCAUGAAUAUCAUAUUUGAUACAAUGCCAAAAUUUUAUAUUAUAAAGACCAUUUCUGCUUAUCGCAUUUCUUGUUAAAUGACAAUUAGAUACAGUUCAGGUUAAGCAGGAACAUGUCUGUUGAAAUUCAGUAUUAUGAAGAUUUUUGUUCAUUGUCUUUAUAAUUAUAUAUCAUCAGUCUACUUGUAACAUUAUGUGUUAAAUUAAAUGAAAAAAAGAAGAAA